CUGUUGAGCCUGCUCAGCCCCUACAUCCAAAAGUGCCCAGUCCACGAGUCACGCUAAAGCCUUUCUACUGCUGAGGUGCCCAUCUUAGAAGACAAAUCCCAUAUCGUUUCUGAUAGUAAGGGCAAGCAAGACGCGUCGCUCGCAGUGGAUGAAGCAACCUGGACGCUACCGUCAUCGAAGACCAGUACUCCUAUAUUGCGAGGUUACACCUGACAGCUAAGGCAGGCAAGAGGAGGUGCAAGGAAGUAACUAGCACAGCAAAUCAAGGGCGAUUUCUUUGAAAGCCGGCUUCGAUAUCAUUUCUCCAUACAAAGGAGAAGCAAGAGGGGGCUCCGGAAGCAGUCGGCGCAGCAACCAGGGCCCACACACCCUUCCUGGAUGACCUGAAUUUCACCGCGAAACUUGAUCUGUCUCCAUGACCCAUUAUCGCGACGAAAGCAGUUCUCUGAAGAUGCAGAAUCAGCUUUCCGGAGGGGCACCCGUUCACUCGGAGCCUGGAGCGUGCACCGUAGUAGACCCGCCAAGCCCUCUGUCUCUCUCCCCACCUCGCCGACUUUCUCUCUCCCAACCUCAGCACCCCACCACGGCGGUUGAAAAUCUACUGAACCUCAUCCGCCAGCUGCGUGACGGCACCUACGACAGCCCUGCCGAAGAUAUCAUUAUCCCGCUUACAUCUGACGAAUACGACGCGUUCGAGACUGCUAUCAAAGCUGAUACAGGCUUGCACGGUUGGGUCUACGACAAGCUCCGCUGUUCCUGGCUCGCGACUACAUGCCAGCUCAUUAUCAAGAUGGCCACUAUUCCGCACGAAACAUGGAUCAAUAUAAGCAUGGACGCGCUCAAAGACGCAACAACGCAAACCAUCCAGGAGCUCCCAGAAACCUCCGUCGCGCACGACCUCUUCCGCACGUUGAACUUUAAUGGCGGGGGCGGUGUUACUCGGCCGGGUCCGCGUACAAAAGGAAAGCUGUGCCCCGAUCGCUCAAUCUACUCUAACAUAAACGCCUCUUGGUGCCCUUGCGUAGUCAGCGAGACCGCAUAUUCCCAGCAACUUGACAGCAUUGAAGACAAGGUGAAGCAUUGGGUCACGAUGUACGAAGGCAAUAUCAACACCAUCAUUGUCUGGAAACUCCAUUAUGGCCCGCCCCAGUCCAAGAAGGCCAUGUACCAGAUAUACAGGGUCCGCAAGUACGAGGAGCAGGGCAGGGUGCGUGUCGACGUUCAACCUACUCCCCUAACCUCCUUCCGCAGCAGUGAUGGGCAAGUCGAGCCCGGGGCGUUCCGGCUCAAGCUCUCUGAUCUGUGUCCCGCCGGCGCGCUAGAGCUCGACUCCGCGGAUAAUGUGGAAAUAUCGAUUCCGCACUCUACCUUGGCAGGACUUCUCACGGAAGUUGAAGCUAUUCGGGAGAAAGACGAGCAGCUAAAGGAGCCCUCGAACCGCCGCAUUAAGUACAGCUUUCUGCCGCCUUCUACUACGUAAGCAGGCAGGGCAUUGAGGCUCCUGCACGAUAAUGGCCUUCUGAUAGAUGGAAGGAGGCUCUUGGUAUCGAAUGCAGGCGCGAAUGGGAGCAAGGAAUCGUAAGGGAGCGACACGGAUCGCGUGGGGCGGUGCAAUUCUUACUGCAGUCCCAGAUGAG